AUGGAUGUUGAUUUUGAUACAUGGAUUUCCACUUCAUACACAAAGAGUGCAAGAACAGGCCAUCUCACCAAUGGAAGCGAUAACAUCAUAUUAAACCCUACAUUUGAGGAUGGCCUUAGCAAUUGGUCUGCCAAGGGCUGCAAGAUUGCUUUACAUGAGUCAAUGAGGGAUGGAAAAGUCCUUCCACUAUAUGGAAAGUUCUUUGCUUCUGCAACAAAUCGUACCGAGAUCUGGAAUGGAAUUGAGCAGGAGAUUACGGGAAGAGUGCAACCAAAGCUUGCUUAUGAGGUCACUGCAGUCGUUCGGAUAUAUGGUGGCAAUGUCACCAAUGCUGGUAUACAGGCCACAUUAUGGGUUCAAAGCCCCGAUAUUCAGGACCAGUACAUUAGAAUUGCUAUUUUACAGGCAACAGACGAAGACUGGGUGCAGUUGCAGGGGGAAUUCCUCCUUAACGGUUCCCCUUUAAGAGUAAUUAUAUUUCUAGAAGGUCCCCCUCCUGGAACUGAUAUUCUUAUUAAUAGUUUGGUUGUCAAGCAUGCCGAGAAGGUUCCCCCUUCACUUCGACCAAUCAUGAAGAAUGAAGCUUUUGGAGUGAAUAUAAUUGAGAACAUUAAUCUUGAUGAUGGCAUUAAUGGAUGGUUUCCUCUUGGUGAUUGCGCUUUAAGCAUAGGGAUUGGUUCACCAAUUGAGCUCCCUCCAAUGGCAAGGAACUCCCUCGGACUUCAUGAGCGUCUAAGUGGACGCUACAUACAUUUGACAAAUCGUACAGACACUUGGAUGGGUCCUGCACAGAUGAUCAGUGGAAAAUUGAAACUCUACUUGACAUAUCAAGUAUCUGCUUGGGUUAGAAUUAGUCCUGGGUCUACUAGUCCUCAGAUUGUCAAUGUUGCAUUUGGUAUCGAUGGGAAUUGGGUCAAUGGAGGCCAGGUUGAGUUUAAUGAUGAAAGGUGGCAUGAAGUUGGGGGGUCCUUUAGAAUUGAGAGGCAACCAUCUAAUGUUAUGGUUUACGUACAAGGUCCUGCUGCUGGUGUUGACUUAAUGGUUGCUGGACUUUGGAUUUUCCCUGUUGAUAGAAGGGCGAGGUUUAAAUUUUUGAAAAAACAAACUGAUAAGAUACGUAAGCGUGAUGUCAUACUAAAGUUCUCAACCUCAGAGGUCAGCAAUGUCAGAAGUGGCUUAGUGAAAGUCAAACAAAUAGAAAACAGUUUUCCUUUUGGCUCAUGCAUAACAAGAAGAAGCAUAGACAAUGAAGAUUUGGUUCGUUUCUUGGUAACAAAUUUUAAGUGGGUGGUGUUUGGAAAUGAAUUAAAGUGGUCUCGGACAGAACCACAACAAGGCAACUUUAACUAUAAGGAUGCUGAUGAGCUCUUGGAGUUCUGUAAUUGCCACAACUUGGAAAUUCGAGGUCACUGCAUCUUCUGGGAGAUGGAAUAUGCAACACAACCAUGGGUCCAGUUGCUUAACAAGAGUGAUUUGAUUACAGCCGUUCAAAACAGUCUAACAGACCUUCUCACACGUUACAAGGGAAAAUUUAGGCACUAUGAUGUAGAUAAUGAGAUGCUGCACGCUUUUUAUAAAGAUCGAUUGGGUGAAGGUAUCCAAGAAAACAUGUUCAAAACAUCCCAUCAACUUGACCCAUCUGCCACCCUUUUUGUUAAUGAUUAUCACAUUGAGGAUGGAUCUGAUGUUAGAUCAUCAUCAGAGGAAUAUAUACGCCAAAUUCUUGAUCUACAACAGCAAGGUGUUCCUGUGGGGGGCAUUGGAAUUCAAGGACACAUUAACAGUCCAGUGGGGCCGGUUGUUAGCUCUGCCCUCGGUAAGUUGGGUACUCUUGGUCUUCCAAUCUGGUUUACGGAACUUGAUGUGUCUUCCACCAAUGAGUAUGUCAGAGCAGAUGACUUGGAAGUAAUGCUGCGUGAAGCAUUUGCCCAUCCUGCAGUGGAAGGCAUAAUUCUAUGGGGAUUUUGGGAGUUGUAUAUGUCCCGAGAAAAUGCACAUUUAGUGAAUGCAGAAGGUAAGAUCAAUGCUGCUGGUAAGAGGUAUCUUGCUCUUAAGAAAGAGCGGUUGUCUCAAGCUCGCGGUCUUCUCGAUGCACAAGGUGAAAUAAGAUUCCGAGGCUAUUAUGGAACAUACAGCAUAGAAAUCAAUUCCCCUACCAAGAAAGUUAACAGGACAUUUAUUGUUGACAAGGGAGAGUUGCCUUUGACGAUUAACAUUGACCUAUAGUUUCUUGGAAAUGUCUGACCCCCUACUAGUCAAGAGUCACAAUCCCAGCAACCAACAUUCAUUUGGAAUCUGUAGCCAGCCGCCGUUUACUGAAUAAAGAUAUAAUAAUCUGUGAGCUUGCUGAAAACCGCGAGAAAGAUUCUUCGUUUAGAUAAUUUCUUGUCUUAAUAAUCAACAUUCUGUCAGAUACUGAAUCGUUCUUGCUGUUGACAUCUUGACAUAGGAAUAUUGGCUCUCGAAUAUCAUUUGUCUUAGAAAUUGCUUGGAAACUUUGACAGCUAAUCCUGUCUGGUUUGAAACCUCAAUGUUGUCCAAGGAAGCUGCCGUCAUUUAGGCUUUGCUUGGUAAAGUGGGCAGACAAAUGGACAAUUGGAAGAAAAAUAAUUGUCUUUCCCACACUUCUCCGUCCAUCAUUCCCUUUUUCUACUCUAUCAAGGCAGAUAGUUUUUCAGUGAUUAUCCUAACUUGGUUAAAAAGGCAUUAAGGGUCAAGCAGGGCAUCAUAGAGGAUGGUUCUUUCUUUGUUCCUAGGAGCACGUAACAUCAAAGUUCAUUCAAUGAUCUAA